CAGGUAGACCACUUUUCGUUUGGCUGCCGGUCGGGUACUGCUGCAGUACUUUUACUGCUUACCGCCGCCGUAGCCGUAUACACCUGAGACGAUCUGAUCGAUUUAAAUUGUUGUAUUGACGGGCGACUUUUACAAUUCGUGUGUAUGUGUUUUAUAGUGUCAGUGGGUUCUUUGCGCGGCAUCGUCAACUAUCGGAUGAGACUGUUUUAUUUCCUUUUAAUUCACGACGGUGUGCCUAAUUGACCGAUUUCUGAUUCGGAGCAGCUAGAAUUGAACCAUGACGGAGAAGAAAGAGAAAUAUCCAUCGACGUUUACUAUAGAGAAUUUCAGUUCCACAGCGACUCUCGCCAACAAUGAUCAAAUCAAAAUUCCUAUCGGCAGUAGCGAUAAAUUGGGCGAAAAAGAAUAUAAUCCGUAUGAACAUAGAGUCAUCGAACAUCCCAAUACUUUCUUCGGGGCAGUGGUACAUCUGUUGAAAAGUUCAUUAGGCACCGGAAUAUUAGCUAUUCCUAGAGCGUUUAAAAGUGCCGGAUUAAUCGUUGGCCUGUUCGGAACUAUAUUUAUAGGAGUCAUGUGUACACACACGAUACAUAUAUUGGUAAAGGCGUCACAGAAAGUCUGUACCAGGGCGAAACUACCCAGUUUGGGAUUUGCUGAGACUGCGGAGGAGGUGUGCAGACAGGGGCCAGCGCCCUUACGGGGAUGGGCGACAUUCGCCAAAAAUUUCGUAGAGAUAGCCCUAGUUUUGACGUACUACUGUGGUAAUGCAGUUUACGUGGUAUUCAUCACAGAAUCGUUGACAAAACUCUUCGCCCCGUAUUUCCCAGAAACGGCAUCAUGGGACCAGUAUUUUAAGCUAAUGAUUUUAGUACCUCUCAUCUUGUGUUGCCAAGUGAGGGAGUUAAAGCAUCUGGUGCCAUUCUCAUUUAUAGCCAACACAUCCAUGAUCAUAGCGUUUAGCAUUACUCUGUAUUACACGUUUGCGCAACUGGCUGAAGUGAAGGUGUCAGACAGAAAUUUGGUUACUACUCCAGCGGGCAUUCCUUCAUUCUUCAGCACCGUGAUCUUCGCAAUGGAAGGAAUAGGUACAAUAAUGCCUGUGGAAAAUUCUAUGGAGAAACCCCAGUUUAUAGGAUGCCCAGGAGUAUUGAACUCAGCCAUGACGGCAGUAGUACUUCUUUUCUCGGCUAUAGGAUUCUUCGGGUAUUUGAGUUUUGGUGAAGAAACGCAAGCAACCAUCACGACCAAUUUGCCCUCUGAAGAGAUACCUGCGCAAGUCGUCCAGGCUAGCAUAUCGCUUGCAGUGUUCUUCACGUUCAUGCUACAGUUCUAUGUACCAUUGGACAUCACGUGGAGAAGGAUCAAGGAUAAAAUUCCACAAAAUAGGCAUAAUAUCAGCCAAAUAUUGUUAAGGACGGGAAUAGUGAUAUUUAUUACAGGAAUAGCAGCAGCAGCUGGCCACCAUUUGGAUGCGCUCAUCGACUUGGUUGGGGCAGUUUUUUUCUCGACUUUGGGGCUUUUAGUCCCUGCCGUUAUCGAAAUUAUAGUAGAUUGGGAUGGCGAUUGGGGAGUGCUUUAUUGGCGUCUGAUUAAAGACCUCGCAAUUAUAUGCUUGGCUAUUUUCGGGCUGAUUUCUGGCAGCUACUCGGCUAUUCAAUCUGUUUUAUAAGUUAUAUUGUGUAUAGGUACGGGUUAAUAUAGGUGAGAACUGUGCGCAUAAGCAUAAGCAUAAUUGUACCUGUUUAUGUUGUUCAUUUGCUGAUAAUCAAGGGAUUAUAAGAAAAUUACUUGGCUUUUGGCAUGGAGGGCAAACCGAUAUAAUGAAAGAUGCUUUUAGUUUUCCUUUGGAAUUAAAUGACAAAUUGUGACGCCUGUGUGUAAUUUGUCUGACGCUUAUAUAUUUGUUGUGUCUGUAAAAUUGGUUAAAAUUUAUAUAUUAACAGAUUUCAAUUUUAUUUCUUAUUGCUGCAUUUUUCCAGUAUUCUGGGUACUGGUUGUCGAUACAGUAAUAACAUUUGCGAUAUACAGGGUGUUUUAGUUAACGCUAUCGCCGCCUGUUGUCUUUAUUCGGUUCUAAAACUUGGAACUGCUUCCGUCCUUCCUGUUAGAAACGUUAUGAAGCAAUUCCAACCGAUGACCGCUCUUAGUCCCGAACAAGGGCGACAGUUCGUUAUACUGGAUGUAUACAAAAGUAUCAAACAAUCUGAUUGCGCUUUCAAUUCAUAUUUCAUAUAUCUAACUGGUGUGGUUUUUGAAAUAAAAGCAGUUUUCUAAUAAAUUAUUAAUGAAAAAUUGACAAUAGUUAUUGCAUUUGCACACCAUUUUUUUAUUAGCCAGUAUUUAAAAAGUGAUGAAAAAAGCAUUGAAUUAAACGUGAAAGUGAAGUUGUGCAGAAUCUUCAUAGAGGAAGGCAUAUGAAUAUAUUUUACAAAAAUGAUCAGAACAAUGGACCAACAUGCAAUUUGUUUUACGUUUACCUAACAUAAUCUUUAUUAAAAUUGAGUUUCAGUUGUGACAAUAUGAAAAAACAAUGGUUGAUACCUCUUUAGAAUAAAAUUUCAUGUGAUUUUGGGCAAAUAUUGAUAUAAAAAUAACAAUAGCUUGUUCAGGAAAACCAAUGUUACAUUGUCACUACAUCAUCUAAAUAUUGUUCGUUUUUGCCUUGCAACUAACACAGUAUACACCAAGCACAUUUAACAUUAAUUCUACAAGGAAUAAAUUCAUUCUAGGUAUCGCCGCUGCCGCUGGUCACCAUUUAGAUUCCUUGAUCGAUUUGGUGGGCGCCAUUUUUCUGUCCACUCUGGGAUUGCUCGUACCAGUAAUCAUCGAUGUCAUCGUACUCUGGGACGAAGGUUACGGUUGGUUUUAUUGG